AUGGCAAUCGACCAGCAGCGCCGCGUGAAGCUCAUGGUUAGCUACGGCGGGAGGAUCGAGCGCGCCCAGGGUCGGCCGCCGAGGUACGUCGACGGUGAGCACCUGCUCCUCAACGUCGUCUCGUCCGUCUCGACGAGGGGCUUCCGCGACCUGCUGGCGGCGCGCGCGGGCUUCUCCGACUUCUCUGUCAAGUACUGCUACUCCGGCGAGGGGCUGGACUCGCUCUGCGACGUGGACACGGACGAGGACCUGCGGGACAUGCUGGACAUGCUGCUCUACCGGGAUCUGCAGGUCCGGCUGUUCAACGACAAGAACACGCGCCGGUUCCGGGUCUACCUGUUCCGCGACGCCACCGCCGCCCCGUCGCCGACCUCCCAGGCCCUCGGAAAACCAGCUCCCAUGCGGCGUAGCGCGACGUCGCCGGCUCUAUUGCCGGCGAAGCCAGCCGACGUCGACGGGCGGCCCUCCCAGGGCCUGGCCGCUCCCGCUCCCUCUCUCUUGCCGCGGAUCAUGACUUCGCCGAAUCCGUUGUGCGAGACGUCGACGGCUGGCACGGCGCCCUCCAAGCCGCCGCUCGCCCCUGCUCUCGCACGCCGGAUAGCGUCGUCGCCUUUGUUGACGGCAGGCUCGGCAAAUGACACGGCUUCUUUGAUCACCACUACGUCGACAUCAGCAGCCAGAGCUACCCAACAUACACAACCCCACGCCGCGGCGUUCCGGCCGGCAGAGCUGAGUAAUCCGGUGUGCCAGGCGGCUCCAGUAUUCUUGGUGCCAGUAAUGCCGCAGGUCAUAAUCCACCGGCCGAAGAUCAUCCUCGUACCCGUGUUCAAUUCAUUCUAA